AACUUUGAAAAAACGACUUUCCUCCGACUACCGCCCAGCUCCCGCCUUAUCCCCUGUACUCUUGUCUCAGCAAAGCGGGACCUCGUUUCUGUCCACUGAUUCAAAUUCAGUUCAACAAUGUCGCCGACGACACUUGCAUCUGUUUCUCGCACUUUUCUCUUCGCUGUCUCAGAUUCACCGAAGCUUUGGUCUUCCAAAACCCUAUCUACCAGACCUACGCAUCCUCUCCUUAUCAAUUCCAACUUCGGCUUUUCGCCACGGCUCUCACCGCCCCAAUCGGACCCAGUUCUUAGGAUUCCCAGCGCAAGGGUUAAUCAUGCAAUUCAGAGACGGCUCUGUUCUGUUUGCUUUUGCAAUCCUCGAAAUAAAUCUGGUGGCAGUUUUCCUACAGAGAAAACUGGACUGGAUUGGCCAAUCCUCAAGCGAUGGGAUGUGCCUUGGGAAUGGCAAAAGGUUUUCCUAACCUCAGUUGCUUGUGGACUGAGUUUUGUUUUGACAGGAGUGAUACAGAUGGCAAUCAUUCCAUACCUAGCACUCGAACUUGGGGCAUUAAGCUUAGAUGAGAAGGCAGAAAUACUGUUUGUGGAUCAGGGUAUAACGACUGCUGCGGUACUGGCAGUUCUUUAUAGUCUCAUCAACAAGGAACCGCUACCUGAUGACUUUUUCCGCUAUGAUUUGAGGGAGCCUUUCAGUUUGCGGAGAGGGUGGCUUUUGUGGGCCGGAAUCGGUCUUGUAGGUGCUGUGAUAGCUGUUGCCUUAACAGGAGUUGUCAUGUCAUGGAUUCGUGGUGAGAAUCCACAAAGAGAGACUGAUGCUCUACUUCGGUUGCUUCCAUUGAUUGGAUCUUCAACUAUCAGCACUGCCUGCCUGGUGGGCAUCACGGGUAUCCUUGCUCCACUUCUAGAGGAGACACUGUUUCGAGGGUUUUUAAUGGUAUCCUUGACGAAGUGGUUGCCUACCCCUGUGUCUGUGGUUAUUAGUGCUGCAAUAUUUUCCAUUGCGCAUCUCACUCCUGGAGAAUUUCCUCAGCUCUUCGUGCUAGGGACUGCAUUGGGAUUUUCAUAUGCUCAAACUCGAAACCUUCUAACCCCGAUCACAAUACAUGCUUUCUGGAACUCAGGAGUAAUCUUGCUUCUUACUUUUCUUCAGCUCCAGGGAUAUGACAUCAAGGAGUUGUUACAAGCAUCCUGAUGGAGACAGUUCUUUCUGUGGCUGUGGGGGGCUCUGGGCAAAUGGGAUUGUUUAAUCUGUUCUGCAUAGAUGUUGCCCAGUUUUAAGCCAGUUUUAGUCACGGGUGGUAAUGGAGGCUUUAAUGUGUAAAGCUGGUUUUUGUCAUCGAGACUUAUCAGUGGGGGAUUUUGUGGCAGAAUUUUUUGUGAUUAAUGGUUCUUCGAAGUUUUGAUCUUCAAUAUCUUUUUUACUUGGGAUAUGGCCAAAAAUAUGUAUUCCCACCAUGCUAAAAGAAAGAAUGGUGGUAAGUUUUUGGUAGAAGCGUUGAUUGCUUAUUUCAAGGAGAAAAAACUAAUCUCACUUUAAUUAGCAAAAAACAACAUUUUCCA